ACUAAGCUGCCCUGGGCAGAGCGUUCUGCUUUCCCCUGAGCAGUGUCUCUCCUGAGAUCUCAGACACUAGCGUCCACCACUGCUGGGAGGACCCUCGAGUCCUGGUCACUGCUCCUUCCCCUCCCCAGCCCUUAGGGGAGGGAGAUUUGGAGGAAAAAACUCUCUUCCUUCUCAGAGGGGUGUGUCCUGGCCUGGGCCGUGGGCCAAGGCACCAACUCAUGCCCAGCCACGGGGAUUCAGUGCAUGGUGUGGCUGCCCCAACACCACACACACCUGUGUGCAAACAGAACAAGCUGUGUUCCCACCAGCAGCGUACCUUCGAAGGGCACUGCAUAGAGGGCUGCAGUGUAUGGAGAGGAGCCUGAAGAUCUCUGCAGACGAGCCAUAGCCCUUACCCUGUCUCGUCCUUGGACCUGAGAGCAGAGCUUGGGCAGUGGCGGGGAUGGCAGAGGCAGCUGGAAGCUCGAAGUGCACCUGGAAGCCAGAGCCUCCCAUGGGGCCCCACUUGCCCCUGCCCAGCCGAGCACCCAGCCGCCCAUGGUCUGCCCAGGGGCUGCUGAGAAUGAGGGCUGCCGUGCUGUGUCUCAUCUGCUUCUCUGUCACCGUUGCUGAGGGCCACGCUGGCCCCCUGGGGAGAAAUGAAGGCUUCAGAGACAAAAGAGAACUCAGGGUGGAUGAGCCAAGGCCUCCAGGCCCAGCCCAGGAAUUUGAGGUGCUGCUGCAGGUGCCCUACAGAAACCCCCGGGAGAAGGAGCUCCUGCGGAGGAGGCUGCUGGAGCUCCCUCUGGCACCCCCGUCGGCCUGCUUCCUGGGGCCCUCGAGAAUCCUGGGGACGAAGGCCACCACGUAUUGCCACGGUCAGGACGGGGCCCUGCGCUGUGUCUGUGAGGACACCUACACCUGGUUCCCCCCCUCCUGCCUCGAUCCCCAGCACUGUCACCUGAACUCAGCCGGAUCCCACCCAAGCUGCGACUGCCGUCCCAGCAACCUCAGCCAGAGUGCCAGCUUCUGCGAGAGAGCGAAGGUUUGGGGCACUUUCAAGAUUAAGGAAACCUUUGCAAAAGACCUUUUGAAUUCAUCUUCUGCUAAAUACUCUCAAUAUGCAUCGGAAAGUGAAAAACAACUCAAAGAAGUAUACAAAAGAAUUCAAGAUUUUGAGUCAGUUCAUGUCACCCAAUUUCGGGCUGGCAGCAUCAUCACGGGCUUCGAAGUCAUCGGCUCCAGCAGCACUUCCCAGCUGCUGGCCGCCCUUCAGCAGGAGUCUGCUGCGGUCCAAGCAGCGCUCAGUAGCCUCUUUCCCCUGGAAGCUGGCUCCUUCAGGGUAUUCUCAAAAGCCCCAUGUCACAGCGUGGCCUUUGGGUUCGGUGCUGAGGACAGCGAGUGCACCCUGCCCUGCAGCAGCGGCUACACUGGAAAUGUCACAGCCCGGUGCCAGCCCUCGGGGUGGCAGGUGGUGCGAGAGUCCUGUGUGCUCUCCCAGCUGCAGGAGCUGCUGCAGAACUUCAGUGCAAUCGCAGACAGUGCCACCCAGGCGGACGUGUCGUCCGUGGUGCGAGAGCUCUCGGGCAUCCUGAAGCAGAGCCCGGCCACCACAGCAGGGAGCCUGGCUUCAGUGGUGUCACUUCUGAGCUCAGUUUCAUCCCUGUCCCUGGAGAAGGGUUUCAUGGUGUCAGAUUCGACCCUGGAGGAUGUCAUCAGCAUAGCUGACCACAUCCUAAAUUCCUCAUCCAUAACGAACUGGACGAUUUUAUUGCAAGAGGAAGAGCAGGCCAGCUCCCAGUUACUAGAGACACUGGAAAACAUCACCCUUCUGGUACCUCCCUCUGCUCUGCCUCUGAAUUUUUCUCUGGAAUUUAUUAACUGGCAAGGGAUUCCAUGGACCCAAACCCACAGCAAUCACAGUUACAGCUACCAGAUUGAGUUGUUCCAAGAGGGUCGCGCCCUUCCCAUCAGAGGCCACGCUUUUAUUAGGCCAGACGAAUUCCAGGUCUCUGCUCCAGAAACUAUCAUCAGCAUGGCCUCUGUGACCUUCGGGCACAUCUUACCCAAGACCCAGGGUGACAAUGCUCGGGUCAACGGGCCCUUGAUAUCCACAGUUAUCCCAAACUAUUCCAUAAAUGAAAUCUUCCUGGGCUUCUCCAAGAUCGAGGCAAACCUGAGCCAGCCCCACUGUGUGUUUUGGAGUUUCAGUCACCUGCGCUGGACCAGUGCUGGUUGCCACCUGGUGAAUGAGACUCCAGACGCAGUGCUGUGUCGGUGCACUCACCUGACCUCCUUCUCCAUACUGAUGUCACCCUCUGUCCCCGCUGUGAUUGUCCCUGCGGUGAGAUGGAUCACCUAUGUGGGCCUGGCCAUCUCCAUUGGAAGUCUCGUCUUAUGCCUGAUCAUCGAGGCUCUGUUUUGGAAGCAGCUCAGGAACACUCAGAUCUCACACACUCGCCACAUUUGCAUGAUGAACAUAGCCCUGUCCCUCUUGAUUGCUGAUGUCUGGUUCGUUACCGCUGUCACUGUAGACACCACCGCCGGCCCCUCUGGAGUCUGUGUAGCCGCCAUCUUCUUCACUCAUUUUUUUUACCUCUCCUUGUUAUUUUGGAUGCUGGUGCUUGGUGUCCUGCUGUCUUACCGAAUCGUCUUCGUGUUCCACCACAUGGCCAUGCCUUCGAUGAUGGCCAUCGGAUUCUGCUUGGGCUAUGGGUGCCCCCUGGUCAUAGCCAUAGUCACCAUUGUGGUCACACAACCUAGCAACAGCUACAGCAGGAAGGAUGUGUGUUGGCUCAACUGGUCGGAUGGGAGCAAACCUCUCUUGGCUUUUGCUGUUCCUGCGCUCGCUAUUGUGGCUGUGAACCUGGUGGUGGUGCUCUUAGUGCUCACAAAACUCUGGAGGCCAGUCAUUGGAGAGAGGGUGACCCAGAAUGACAAAGCCACCGUCAUCCGCAUGGGGAAGAGCCUCCUCAUCCUGGCGCCUCUGCUGGGGCUUACCUGGGGCUUUGGCAUCGGAACCAUGGCCAACAGCCAGAACCCGGCCUGGCAUGUUCUCUUCGCACUGUUCAAUGCAUUCCAGGGGUUUUUCAUCUUCUGCUUUGGAAUACUCCUGGAUAACAAGCUGCGGCGACUUCUGAUCAACAAGUUGUCUCUGUUAAGCCAUUGGAAGCAAACAUCAAAGCAAAAUUCGUCAGAUGUAUUUGCCAAACCCAAAUAUUUAAACUCCUUCCAUCCACUGAAAGACAAAGGCAAGUAUACACUUUCUCAUACUGGAGAUUCUUCCAGCAACAUCACGUUAACUCAGUUUCUAUCAACCGAGUAAGGCCAGGAAUCAUAAAAUCAAAGAACACUGUUUGGAGCAACUUGACAUUUAGAGGUAAAUGUCAGAGAAGAAAGUAUACUUCAUAUCAGAUGAGAUAUUCUGACCCAGGAGCAGAACAAGGUGGUCACAGCAGCUUUAUCAUUGCCUCCUUUAUCUUGAAUUCAUGGAAGAUUUAUUUCAAUGUGGUUUGAGUGUAACACAUUGCACCCUAAAUGCAAAAGAAUUGGUUUUGAUGGAAAUCUUGUCAGUUGCUCCUUCUUCUCAUGACCACAAGAUGUGCUUUCCUUUUUCAUAAAAUGACCUUGUCCACACAGCCUUUCCAAUCAUGGACUGGAAUAAGGAAACUUCACAAGCUCACCUUCAGUGACUGAGUUGACUUUCUUUUCAAAAGGUUCUCAGUGCGUAUUUCCUAAAGAAAAGGCAUUUUCCUUCCAAAUUUUCCAGUUGGACUUUAUGCUUCUUUUUUUUUUUUUUUUUUUUUUUUUUCUUCAUGGGUUCAAUCCCUUCACUUUGAAAGUUAAGCUGAGGUAAAAUAAAAAUUUCCAUUUCGAUAGCUUUGUAGCCAUUUAUGAGGAAGGACAAUAAUGUGAUUUGAUGUGAAACGGAGCAUUUUACAGUUUACAGUGUAUUUUCACGUGGUCUCCAACCCAGAAACUGAAGUGACCAGGUGGAAUUUGGGCAGAGAUAAGGAAAGUGAAGUCAUUCACCAAAGCAAAGCCAGUACAGCAGAAUCAGGGUUACUUUAGGACUUGGGUCCUAGCACAUGCCUGCAGCUCCAUGACAGCCUCGAAUGCUGUAUACAACCCUAAGAAAUCUUUAUGAGAUUCGAUGCAUGGUUUAUUGUUGGUUCCCCUGAUUCUAUCUAUGUGAGAGGGGAGUGGAAGGACAGUUUGGUUAUCAGCUUCCAGGGUUGUGCCUGCAACAUCUCGAUUGUCUCUGUCACACCUGAAGAUGCUUUUUGGAAGUUAUUUGCAUAUAUAGCCAGAGCUGCUUUAGGACGAGGGACAGAGCAGCAAGUGAGGGAAUGCUAAGAAGCUGCACUUGCCUCCCAUAACUCUGUCACUUUGAGCUCAACCCAGCAUCAGCCCUCACUUUAGUGCCUAGAAGAUCCAAGCUUCAGAGUCCACUGCCUGUUUUGAAAGCUACUGUGCUAAGAGUGUCCGUUAGUUUCUAACACUCAAAGCCUUCACGAUAGGCAGAUAAAGAUACUGCAGGGAACUUCUACUAAUGGGCAUGGGUUAAACAAGCACAUGUAGAGAAAAUUUGAGUUCAAAUUUCCGCAAAGCACCAAGGAGCAGCAUGGAUGAAAUGUCAAGUGAGAUGUCCCAUGAAUGUAUCCAAGAACCAGAAGAGAAUUUAAUGAGAAAGGUAGCCUCGGACACAGCUGCUCUGCAAGCCUCCUCAUCCCAUCUUCUAUGGUGACAGAAGGGGGAUGCCUGACCCACCGCCAGCAUGGGGAAAGGACCUUAUCAUCGCCUUCUACGGAACCCAGCACAUGGAGUGCGUGCGUGGCUGCUAAUCGACUGUUCAGGGAAGGUGUGGGCUGAGGCCCCCUUUAGGGUCAUUAGCCCAGCCCUGGCCAGAUGGGAUCACCUGGCAGGCACUGGGGACAAAAGAGGAGGUCCUGGGUGGCCACCAGCACCACGGAGUCAGGGCUGGGCGGGACCUUUGAGUUUUUCUUGUGAGCACAGUCUGUGAGUGCACAGGUGGUAAACUGAAAUGCAGAGACUGCAGGGCUGAGCAGGCCCAGGCUUCCUCAGGAGCCCAGACCCAGCAGGGAGCCUGCACACCACCUCCCAGAGCCAGGCCAGGAAGGGAGCCUGGCACGUUGGCCAGGGCAAAGCCAGCUGUGUACCCCACAGGGGAUGGGAGGGGAGGAUCCAGGAAAGGAGGGAGAAGGAGCUCCCUGUGAGUGAGAGGAGACCCAGGGCCAUCCUGUCCCGGGGUGCAGGGGAGCUUGUCCAGGGAUCCAAGUGCUCAGCACAGACUCAAGGAGGUCAGCACUGCCGACUCAGGGCCAGGCCCCACAUGACCCUGGGGUCUGAAAUUUGGGGUCUGGACCCUAAAGGGCCUCAGAGUAGAAAUCCCGCUGAACACAUACGAUGGAACCGCGUGUGACUUUGCAUGGCCCUACAUGAGCCUUCUCAGCUCUUUUAGGAAGCUAUUUUAGGAAGAUUCAUUUUCUGUUUCUCAGCUGCUUCCAGAACAAACAAAAAGUCUGAGAAGCAGUCACUCUGCAGCACCCAGAGUUGUUCUCACAUGAUAUGAAUUCUGGGAAAAGCCCCAGUGUCUUCCUGCCAAGGAGUUCUUGUGUGGAGGAAGAGGAGGCGGUGGAGCUGAGCUGCACUUACCUGUAUCCAGCUACAGGUGGCAGCCUCUGACCAGGAAGCAGAUGCUGGCCAGCCGGCUUGGUGCUCAGACACCCGAGGACCACUGGAAAUCGGGUGUGAAAAGCAUUUUCAUCCCACUACCCUAAUUAGGAGCCAUUUGAUGGUUGCUGCUGUGCUGUGUAUAAUAAAAGAGAUUAGGAAGCUAAUAACAUAAUAGCCCUGCUUCCUGGUGCACAGGCCUGUUUCCUGGGUUUCAGCUCAGGGUGCUGAUAAACAGUCUACUCGGCUUCCAGGCAAAGCAGGAAUUAGCCGUGGUCAGCAGCAAUUUCCACCUGCUGGAAGACUAACACACCUGUCUUAUAUUUCAGUGGCAUUAGUGGCAUAUAUACCUUGGCACCUUGAGCAAGUGCAGGGUUAACUCAAGUAAAACAGGUUCAGAUAUCUUAUGCUUUUUGAAUUCACCUCUUUUCUCUUUGAAAAAUUUAUACAGGUGUCAGGCUUGCAUCACACUUCUGGGGAUGAGUGACCCUGUUCUCUCUCUCUCUCUCUCUCUCUCUCUCUCUCUCUCUCUC